AUGUGCACGGAAGAAGAGGGCAGUCGAAUGAUGGGGUACGAUUGGACAACAUCGUUACCGGAAAUAUGUGCAAUUAUUGGAAUUUUAUAUGCUCGUGAAGCCUAUGAGGCUAAAAACUUGAAAUUGAUUUAUCUAUGGUCAGCAAACUGGGUCCCAGAUUUUUUAGAAAAACUAUGCCCAUUACAAAGAACUGAUACAUUCAAACAACUGCUAAGAUUCAUUUGUUUUGACAAUAGAACUGAAAGGAGUAGGCGCCUACAAACCAAUAAACUUAUUUUGGUUUCGGAAGUAUGGGAUAAAUCUAUAACAAAUAGUCAAGCUUGCUAUCAACGAGGGCAAAAUCUUACUGUUUACGAACAACUGUUUUCGACCAAAGCCAGGUGCAAAUUUAUACAGUAUAUGUCCAAUAAACCCAAUAAAUUUGGUAUCAAUAUCUGGCUGGCGUCAGAUGUCAGUAGUAAAUAUAUUCUGAAUGGUUUUGCAUACUUGGUGAAAGAUGAGCAACAAUAA